CAUCGUCUUCUUCUGCAAGAGAGAUAGAGAGAGAGAGCUCGUAGCAUCUAGUAGCUGCAAGCUGCAAGCCUCUUCUUUGUCUCAGUUGAUAACUCCUCGUAACAUCUGCUCUAGACAACAUCGAUCAUGCCGACCUUCGAGACUGAAGUGGUUUUGGCCCUGCCUGCCAGCCGCUUGUGGAAGUCUAUGAAGGAUGCCAACACGCUCUUUCCUAAAGUUGCACCUGAGGUCAUGGCCAGCAUCGAGGUUGUGGGCGGAGCCGAUGCUGCACCCGCUCCUGGUGCAGUCCGCAUCAUCAAAUUCGGCUCAGUCGCCCCGGAAGGAGCCUACGUCAAGGAGCAGUUAGUGAGCCUGGAUCAUGAUACGAUGACUGUCGUGUCGGCGGAGAUGGAGGGGGGCCAUCUGGCAGCGGGUUUCACGAAGUGGGAGGCCACCAUGCACCUCGUUCCUGAAGGUGACGCCAGUGUCAAAGUUCACUUUAGCUUCGAGUACGAGGGCCCGGGUCCAGUCGAUGUCUCUGUUGCACAGGCCACGCAGGGUACCCCCAUGCUUUUCAAGGCUCUCGAGGCCUACCUGUUGGCCAACCCAGACGCUUGAGCUCAUAAUCCAGAUCUGCCGGGCCAUGCGGGCUUAUUCUUUUAUUUUCAGCUAAUGUGAGGAGGAUUCACGAUGAGUACAAGAUGGGCCCUGGAUUCCCGAGCAGCAGGGGUGAUAUUUACACUCCCCUGUUGACUUGAUGGAUGCAAAGUUGGUCUCAUAGUCAGUCACAGAGACAAGGCCCUGCACACGGUGCAAUGCAACUUUUGAGCUGCUGACCAAUGGCACGCUAGUUCCAGAGGAUUGAGGUCCUCUUUUGUACAUCUCAGAAAGCAAUUGAAUUAAAGCACAAAAGGAGAAAUUUUGGA